GUCUUUUGUCUUUUGGGGAUUCUAUUCGUAUUCUGUUAUGUGCUGGUGGUGGCUUUGGCUUUGGGAACUGGCAUCCACCGACGGCCGGCCAAUUUAUGUUCGGUGGGAGGGAAGGAGGGAGGGGUUCUUUUCACACUUCGGCCGGCGCAGAGACUUGAUUCGAUUUUAGCUGCGAAUUUUAAUUUGAAGAGUUCUGAAGAUAGAAACACAUAACUGAUGAGCUUCAGCUUUCUCUGAGUCCUUGUCACUCCUCCGUCUGCUCCUACUCCGACAAUAUGAGCUCCUCCUCCGCCACCACCAACCCUUAUGUCUACAUUUCCCCUGUUCCCUCCGGAAACCCUCCUGUGGACACCCUGUGUAAUGUGAUGGGUCGGUUAGGGAAGAGGGUGGAAGGUGCUACCCGGAGAGCCGAGGGCCUUUUUGACAACGUCUGGCUUCAUCUCAAAACAAGUCCUAGCUUGACAGACGCUGCAAUGGCAAGGCUUGCUCAGGGGACAAAGGUCCUUACAGAAGGAGGCCAUGACAAGGUCUUCCAGCAGACAUUUGGUAUCUUGCCAGCAGAGAAGCUUUUAAAGUCAUAUGCCUGCUACUUCUCAACUUCAUCUGGGCCUGUGAUUGGGACACUGUACAUUACUACUAAAAGAAUUGCCUUCUGCAGUGAUAAUCCCCUCUGCCAUGAUUCAUUCCUCGGAUGGAAGGAUUGGACGUAUUACAAGGUCCUGGUACAACUUGAUCAGUUGAGAGCAGUGAAUCCUUUGACAAAUAGGUUGAACCCUUCGGAAAAGUACAUUCAGAUUGUGACAAAAGACGGCCAUGAACUUUGGUUUAUGGGGUUUAUAUCCUACAAGAAGGCAGUUGAGAAUUUAAGCAGAGCUCUACAAUAUAGCACUGGUGGUGAACCUGCUGGGAGAAUGCGGCAGCACUAAGCUUCAGACCCAAUCCAUGUUCAAUUUAUUUCCCGGAUUAGCAGUUAAACAUCAGGUUUAUGGAUCAUGGGGUUCCAAUGGUCAGGCAUAUCUCUCUCUCUUUGAAAUGACCUAGACAGACCAUAGCGCUAGUAUUGGACUGUAAUAUUUGCCAACAAUAGGAUUGGUUAAUACUCUGUUUGGACAAACCAUAUAUAUUUAAAUAUAUAAUAGCAUAUAUAUUUUUGAGUAAA